CGCUGUUUGUACCUCACCCUGUGUCCCAGCUGUAGCUUUGGGCUCACACUUGUCACUUGUGUGGCCGGCAGUAGGCACGGGGUAAGAAUACUGAAUAUAUUCUCUUUGGACCUUCUUUCUAUAAUGGAUGAUAAGGAUAUAGAUACAGAAAUUCAUCCUUUGAAAAACAAUGAUGGGAAGUUUCAGGAAAGCAACGUAACUGAUCCUGAAAAAGAAACAGUCAGUAAGAAACAGAGUGGACUUUCCAGGUUGUCACGCUGUCGGACAGCAGCUUUUUUUUCUGCCUUAUUCUUGUGCCUUGCAGUAGUGUUUGCUUUCUCAUUCAUUAUCCCUUGUCCAGUAAGGCCUUAUUCACAGAGGACAUGGAUUGCACAAUAUGACAGUGCAGGGACAUUUGGUUUUUUAAGUACUGAAGAUGUGAAUCAGGAUAAAGUGAAAGAUGUUAUUUUUCUUGUUAAAACUGACAACACUAGCAAUUUCAACGUAUCCUGUAUGGACAAAGGUUUUCAGUCUCCUUGCACUUUUUUAGUUGCAUUAUCUGGGACAAAUGGAAGUGCUUUGUGGAUCAUACCUGUUGCUGAUGAGGUGCAGUUAGCAGAGUGUGGAAUUCAAAACUUAGGAGGGGUAAAGUCUGGUUGCCUCAUUAUUGGAACCCCAUACUUUGCAUCGGCAAUUGAUUCCCAAACAGGAAAGCAGUUGUGGACAGAAAAUACUAGUACUGAAGCUAAUGCAGUUGUUAAAGGCCCAGUGGUAAAAAUCCCAGAUGUAAAUGGAGAUGAUAUACAGGAUUUUAUUCUAAUUUUUACAGUGGAAAAUGAGCUCAGAAUUGUCACUCUCUCUGGACACAGAGGAGACUGUCUCAGGAAAGACAUCAGUAUUGGUACUAGGGAACAAGCUGGUCACCACAUUUUUGUUACAAAGACUGGAGCACAGUAUGUACUCUUCUACAAAGGAGAUGUCAUAGAAGGAUAUUCCAUCAAUAAUCUAUAUUCUAGGAAUGUAGAAGCAGAAAGUAAAAAUGUAGCAUUCAAUCAAGAUCCUGACUGGGAGAAAAGAUUUAACCACUCUGGUGGUUACAUACCUUUGCUUCCAGUUUCCAGCUCCGGUGAUGUUCUGUACUUGAUAACUGUUCCUGGAAAAUACUAUAAAAAUCUUCUCAUUGUGAAAUCUGAAGUUUCGGAAUUGCUUGAUGGACAGAAGCUCAACUCUUUGUGGUCUCUGAAUACAUCAAACAUAAUAAGUAAACCAGCACUGGGGUACUUCAAGAAAAAUCUACUGUCUGUUAUAAUAGAAGUUGGCAUUGGAAAUGGUCGAAAGAAGGUAAUAAUUAUUGAGAGCAACAGUGGAUCAAUACAAUGGCAGCUGGAAAUGAAUGUGGGAAUAAGCAAUCCAAAUCCAGCUACACUGAGUACAGGGGAUCAUAGGUCCAUCUUCCUCUUCUGGGGUUCGCUCAACAUGGACACAAAUGAAACAAUGGAACCAAAGGACAACUUGUACAUGUUUCACCCAACACUGCCAAAUGUUCUACUAGUAGCUCCAUGUGUCUCCAUGUCACCCUAAAGCACAUUUCCAUUAUGAGAUGACAGCUCAUAAAUGGAGUAGAAUUAUUAUCCAAAAGGAAUUGCUAUGCAAGUCAAUGUGUCUUGCAGCAUCAUUCUUAUUCUUGCUUACUUUAAUAUAAAUAAACUGUCCACAAAGGAUAGAUGUAUGAAUUACAUUUUGUUAACUAUAAUACAAAAAAAUUUAAUUUUUUUUUUUUGUUGAAAAAUAUAUAUUACCAUAAAUUAUAAAAAUAUCCUAAAUACAUUUAAAUCAUAGUACUUAGUAUGCAAAAGCAAAACACUGCAAUGCUAUGCAAUGUGGUACAAAUAAUUUAACUGCACGUACAUAUAUUUGAAAGUAACUAAUAGAAUUUAAUAGGUCUCACUGCUUAGAGCACCAUGGUAGUCAAAAUGCUGCAUGUAACCUAACCCUAAAGAAGGACUGAGACAGGAAAAUUGCAUAUCACUAUUUCCCAUUGAUCAAUAAAUGCUGUUUCUGUUGCACAAACUGGUGGUGACAGCGCUAUAUCAAGCAUUUAGCAGUACCUAUCACUUGCCAUGUCCGCCAUAGGCAAAACUUUCUGUGCUUUUCUUUUCAUUGAAAAUUGUGACAAGCGAUAAAGGGAAUGUUGACAUAAUCAUGAUGGCUUUUAAAAUACCCCUUUCCAUAUACCUUAUAGCUAUCUAUAAUAGUUCCUUUUCAGAAUCAUAUUUAACUGUAGAUACAUUAUUUGCAUACCAGGCUCCAUAAUUGUUUCUGCCAUCAGCAUAACAUACCCAUGAGCAUAGCAUACCCAAAAGCUGCUGCUGGGGGGCCCAGUAGGCAUCCUGACUCAUACACCUUUUCAGUAAUUGUGACAGGUUAUUUUACCCCAGCUUCAGAUGUAUACAGAUUAUAUUGAUUUUGCUGCAGGGCCCUUUACCAGCAUUGACUCUACCAAGUGGCAUUAAUAACGUCAUUACUGUCUGGUGCAGGGCAGCUGUGCCUAUUGAAACAAUACUAAUUCCAGGGAUCCCUUGCAUCAGUGCAUGCACUUGCACACUAUUCAUCAAAGCAGACUGGGUGGGUGCUUUGGUGCUCCCUGCAAGUAAUUGCAAGUGCUAGGAGCAUGUAUGGGUGCUAGUAUUUUUUAUUAAUGGUGUCACUGCACACUCCGUUUUGCAUCUGUUUUAGUGCUUUGCACCUACACUUGAAAUAAGAAAUGUGUUUAAUGCCUCAUGAGAAAUGCAUGCAACUAAUUGUAAGAGGAGCUGUUAAUAUUUUCAUUUUCCACGGAAUUAUUCUGGCAGAGUAAGUUCUUGACUUGUAAAUCUUUAUUUUCUAAUUUGCCUAAGGUACAGGGAGAAAAAGUGAUUUGUGCAGUAGCUAGAAUCACAGAUUGGUUAAGGCAGUAAAGAUAAACUUAACCCAGCUUCUCAAACAAUGUUUCCAGCUUUCAGUUUAAGUUAGUAAUGCUAGUUAGCGAUGUAGUAUAUGUAAGAGACACAGACUCUGGGAGUAUUCUGAGAGUAUAUCUGAAAUCCCUGCCUGCAAGCAAGACGUUACUGCUAUUGUGUGCCAAAAAGGGGAAAAAUUUAGUUGAAUGCAUACAAUAAAAUGCAUGUUGUCAUGAAAGCAUCAAAAAUGCCAAUGAAAGCAGAGUAAAACGUUUUGGUUCCAAGACUACACUUACACUCUUUUACACAUUUGUUCUGAUUACAGUAUCUCUUUACAGUUACAGGAUGAGGAAACUAAUGCGUUUUAAUGGAAACCGUUUUUUUGGGGGGGGGAUAGAGGAAUAUGCUUUAAUUAAUUAUGUGUAUCUUGUAUUUUUGAAGUGUUUUUGGUUGCUUAUCUAGAAAAUAUGAACAACAUACUGUAUUUAUUAGUAGAAAUACCAUAUUUGCUUUAUAUGCCUAUUUUCUUAGCUGUGUAAAUAUGGUGUAAAUAAUGAGAAAUGUACUCAAGAUAAUAUUAAAGAGUUAUUAACAUAGAAGAUAUGUGCCUGUGAUUUCUGUUAUAAUGAAGAAUAAUAAAUAUAGUUUUGACACUAAA